CCGCCGCGCCCCGUCCUGAUCCCGUCGUCGCUCGCGCGCGUAUGAAAUUAAAUCCUGCAAUUUGCAACAUCAGCCGGCCAGCCGUAGCAGCAGAACGAGUGUCUUUCCUUCAACAAUAAGUGUCCGAAGAAAAUCAAGUAUAAUGGCAAAUGUAGAGAACUGGAGAGCAAAGUUGGACAAGGCUUUAUAUGAGAAGAAUGCAGUCACUGACGUUUUGGCCAAGCUAGAAGAAAAGUCGGGGGUGAAGAGGACGUACUUUGUGAUUGGCUUAGCUGCUUUGGUGGCAAUCUGGUUGGUCUUCGGCUAUGCUGCAGCAUUCAUUAGCAGCUUCCUGGGCUUUCUGUAUCCAGCCUACUGCAGUGUGAAGGCCAUAGAGAGUGUGCGUACUGAAGAUGAUACUCAAUGGCUCACAUAUUGGGUUGUGUACAGCGGCUUUGGCAUGGUGGAGUUCUUCUCCGACAUCUUCCUUUCAUGGUUCCCAUUUUACUAUCUGGCCAAGAUGCUUUUCCUGGUGUGGUGCAUGGCACCAAUCUCUUCCAACGGUUCCCAGUUCAUCUACAACCGUUUCAUCAAGCCGUUUGUCCUGAAACAUCAGAAGAAGAUGGAUGAGGCCCUGGAUAACCUUGGGGAGAUGGCUUCCUCUACCCUCAGCGAAGCUCAAAAGAUGGCUCAGGACAAGGCAGCGGAGGCAGCUGCUGAGCAAGUGAGGAAGGGAAUGACCGGUGGUGAUGGCAAGAUGGAAUAAAUCUACACAGCAUGUUCAACUUAGGGUAGUAGUGGGAUCAGGCAGUCUUAAUUGUGCAAUUAUUUCAGUCUGACAUGCAUUAGGGGGUUUGGAAGAGCUUUGGACAAAAAGAUUAUUCAUGACAUUUAGAACAACAAAAUGUCACUGAUUUCUUUUGUUUCUUGCGCCUGAACUGCGCUUCUGGAUUCUAAAUUCAUGGGAACACUGACGGGUGUCUAUUAUCAUGCAUGCUCAAUGUUGUAAUUGUGUCGCACUGUUGGGCAAAGUUGGUGCAGUGUUUUAGAAACAAGAACGAAGUCUUUUUACAGCAUAAUAAAUAAUAAAUAAUAUUGACGUAAAAAAAAAAUCAUGGUGUUGUCAACAUUUCUUAUUUAAAAUUCUGAUAACAUUUAAGUAUAAAGUACAUGUUUAUUGUAUUUAAUGGUGGAAUUGACUUUGUUUAUGUAUGUUUUGGGUCUUUAUUUUUUCAGUUGGUAAGUGGUAUCCAUAUGUAUGUAGAUGUAGUGGGUAUAUUGUCAGAAUUAUUAUAACACUUCCUAAGAUUUGUACAAUGAAAACUUGCGAGUACAUGUGUAGCAUUGUUUGCAGUGUGAAGCAUCGCAACUUUAAUGAAUCUUUAGUGUAUCUCAUUUGCUUCCUUAUGAUACAUUGAUUUUACUAAUGGGUUUUGUUUUUAUUUCCAAAUCAAAGGUGCCAGAAAUUCAAUUAAGCAUUAAAUAACGUCUAUCCAAGCCCCCCCCCCCCCCAAAUUCAUCCUCUAUAUAAAUACUGAAGAUAUAAGACAUUCCAUGUUGACGCAGCAAUUGUCAUGACUUAUUAUUCUCUCUUUUCUUAACAAUGUAAUAUUUAACAAAUGUGCGCUUUAAAUUAACAUAGUUAAAUGAGCAGUACAAUAGCACUGUAGGUUUUCAAAGAUACUUAGACCUAAUUUGUUGUUAUAUUGAUGGGGUUGGCAACAACAUCAAUGGCCUAAUUUCGUUAGAGAUUUUACAUGUGUGUUUGAAUCUACAUAAGACACAUUUGUACACCAUCAGUUUACUUCAUAAUUACUGUAAUGAUUUUUGAGGACAUACAGUGUAUAAAUACGCUUACCAUAGCGGCGCUAUAUAACAUCUAUUAGUCUCGUUGAGAUGGGGUGGACACUAGAAGAGCACCGUUUGCUUUGAGACCAAAACCUAGUAGUGUCAUCAUAAUGUGUCAACCAUAUUGCAACAUGGCUAAUUAGCAACAAAUAUGUACCUUUGUUUAGCCCAGAUAACUACCCAAUUAUGCUGUGAAUGCAUGCCCUCCAGAUUGGGGUACAUGCCCUCCAGAUUAACCCAAACAAGAAGAACCCAAAUCCAAGAUCAUAAUGUUAAGAUUGAUAAUUGAUGAUUACAUAAAGAUAGUUUUAUUAUUUUGUGUAGUUUUGCACACCAUUUUCACACUUGGUUUCAAACCUUUAUUGGUGUGGAAACUGAAUAGUAGAAGUAGCAACAGACCAAAUAUUCAAACUCCAGCAAUAGAAAGUGUCGUUUUUACGUUGCUCGGCACAACCAGAGUGCCCCGGAAAGUUCAAAAGUUGUUUUGUUGUCUUGGUCACUGUGAAUCGCCCUUAGCCAGCAUUGCAUGUUAAAUAUGCAGCAGGAGUUAAACUGAAAACUUCUUUUUUUAUAAUUCUUGUUAAAUUAUUGGGGGUUUUUUAAGUUGAAACUCAACUCCAUUGAAUUCAAGAAGAAAGUCCAAACAUGGCCAUCCAUUGUGAAAUUGUUUGCUUGUUGUUUAACUUAAUGAGUGUAACAUUUAAAGGCAUACAUUUAUGUGUAAAACUUCUGAAUAUAUUUGAUGGUAUGUUCUUAGUAAACAAUCUUGGAAUAGUGUGUGUUUACUUGGUUUAACGGAAUCUUUUUAUAAUUUGUUAAACUAUUAUAGGAUUUUUUUUUUUUUUUUACGUUGGUAUCAAAUUUACUUCCAAGGCCCAAUUUGCCACACUUUUUUGCUGUGUUUCAGUAGCACAUUGGAGGACCAAUCAUUUGAGAUAACAUAUUCAUGUAGCUUUGAAAUGACAUGGGGGUUCAAUGAAAAACGACCUCACUCAGAAUACUUGUUGGACUUAGCUACAGUUCAUACAAUAAUAGCGUGCCUUUGAUGUUUUGUUAUUAAGCUCUCAGGUCAUAUUUGCUACUAGUAUAAACAAAACACUUAUUCUUGUAGUUCCUGGUUUAAUUCUUUUGAAAGUUUUCAACGCAGAUGUCUUAGGCUGAGAAAGUUUGCAAUCUAUAUAUAGCCCAUGUGUUAGUCCAUGACUAGAAACAAUUGGUUUGCAAACCAUCCUUGGGUGGAUUUCAC